AAUGGUUGAAAUUGAAAACACCAUGACGCUCUCACAAGCUCAUGAUCUACCAGAUGACUCUCGCUCUCUCUCUUCCCUUCUCAAACCCUUCUCUCCUCUCUCUCUCCUCCUACCACCGCCACCGCAUAUUCAAACCACCGAGAGCAUCUUCACAAAUCUCGGUCGACUCGCCACCGUCGUUACAGCUAAAGAAAACCGGAGUCAUCAUCGUCGGCGCUGGUCUAGCCGGUUUAGCAGCCGCGACUCGGCUUAGCUCCGAGAACAUCCCGUUCCUCCUCCUCGACGCCUCCGACGCCGUCGGCGGCAGAGUCCGAACCGACUUCGUCGACGGCUUCCUCUUAGACCGCGGCUUCCAGAUCUUCAUUACGGCUUACCCCGAAGCCCGAAGACUUCUCGAUUACGAAACCCUAGAUCUCCAUAGAUUCUACUCAGGAGCUCAGGUCUACUACGAUGGACGCUUCCACACCGUAGCCGAUCCCAUACGCCACUUCACCGACUCCCUUCAAACCCUAACCAAUCCCAUCGGCACAAUCGUCGACAAAUUCCUCGUCGCGUUGACCAGAAUUCGUGUUUUGAUCAGAUCCGACGGUGAAAUUCUCUCUUCUGACGAGGUCUCCACCCUUGAUUUGCUGAGGAGAAUCGGCUUCUCCGACUCGAUCGUCGAUCGGUUUUUCAGGCCGUUCUUCGGUGGAAUUUUCUUCGACCGAGAUCUCGAAACGACAUCGAGACUAUUCGAUUUCAUCUUCAAGUGUCUCUCUCUCGGCGAGAAUACACUUCCGGCGAAGGGAAUUUCUGCAAUUCCGGAACAAUUGGCCUCGAAAUUGCCCUCCAAAUCGAUACUGUUGAAAUCGAGAGUCGUUUCGAUCGAUUUCGAAUCCGAUUCGGCGAUCUUGACGUUGCAGAGUGGAGAGGUGUUGAGGAGUGAGCUUGGAGUCAUAGUGGCUGUUGAACAACCAGAAGCUGUUAAGCUUUUGGCGGGAAAAUUGAACCGUGAACCGGUUCAGAAGAAACCGGUUCGAAGCGCGGUUUGUUUGUACUUCUCGGCUGACCCGAAUCAAAUCCCGGUUCAAGACCCGGUUCUGUUUCUCAACGGCUCGGGAAGAGGAAUUGUCAAUAAUAUGUUCUUCGCAACGAAUGUGGCUCCGUCGUAUGGCCCACACGGGAAGGCAUUGGUUUCCGUGUCACUUAUCGGGUUGUUUGAGGACAGGGAGGACAAGGAUCUGACGGCUGAGGUUGUUCGAGAGCUUUCGGGUUGGUUUGGAGAGUCGGUGGUUGGGUCAUGGAGGCACUUGAGAACUUAUCGGAUCGGGUUUGCACAACCGAAUCAAAGCCCGCCCACGGAUUUAAUGAAAAACCCGAUAGUUAUGCCGGGUUUGUACUUGUGUGGUGAUCAUCAGACUAGUGCUACAUUUGAUGGGGCUCUGGUUUCUGGGAGGAAAGCAGUUGAAGCUUUGUUGAGAGAUAGGGCCCUAAUUCAAGUUUGAAAUUGUAUUCAUCAGUUGGGUAUUGUGAAUGUGAUCCUUGAAGUUGAAUUGCAAAUGCUAGCCAAAAUUUUGUACCCCAAAAAAAUAUAUAUAACAUAUGAUCAUCCUAUAUAUAUUUGUGCAGGACAAUAAUUUAAUAUUACGUACUAAUAAGAUGUAUUCGAUCGGAUUAAGAUGGGACUGAUUUUGUAUAUCACAUCAAGUAAUUCACACCAAUAACUGUUUAAGAUUUUC